AUUUUAAAGAGCUCGAAUUUCAUUGCUCGAUUCAUAUCUUCUCGUGGGUCCUCUUAAUCUCUUCUCCACCGUUGAACAAAAGUUAAAAAAAAAACCAAUCUUUGAAACUUUUAUAAAUCCCAAGAAAAUAGGUGAAAUAGUUUCAGAACAAGAUCAAGCAGAAAAAAAUAUCCCAAAACCCAAAAAGAAGCAGAGGAAGAAGAAGAAGAAGAAAGAUGCCUUCAAGCACAUUCUCGGGAACUGUGAGCUCGCCGAAGCUUUCGGUUGCAGUCGACAUGGGCAAUCCUUUCCUUAACCUCACCGUCGAUGGUUUCCUUAAGAUCGGAGCUGUUGGAGUCACUAAAUCUCUUGUGGAAGACACUUACAAAGCCAUCGACAAAGGGAGUGUCUCCAAGAGCACCAUUGAGCAAGCUCUUAAGAAGAUGUGCAAAGAAGGUGUUUAUUGGGGAACUGUGGCUGGAGUGUAUGUUGGAACAGAAUAUGGAAUCGAACGUGUCCGUGGCACUAGAGAUUGGAAAAACGCAAUGUUGGCAGGAGCAGCGACAGGAGCAUUGAUCUCUGCGGCUACUAACAAAGGCAAAGACAAGGUCGUGGUCGAUGCCAUUUUGGGUGGCGCUCUUGCAACCGCUUCCCAGUUCCUUAACAAUCAUUACUUCUACUGAAAAUUUCAAUCUUCAUAUUGGACCAAUUUUGGUUUCCAAAUUUGGUCCAUAUGGUUGAUUUCUUUUGUUUAUUUCCCAAUAAAAAAAUGUUGUGAUUUGGAAUGCUUUUGAGUAUCUUGAACGUUGGUAAUUUCAUUAGCAAUGGUUUGUGGUUUCUUUAAAACUCUUGGGCUUACUCAAAGUCAAAGGAGUUUUGGUGGCGUGAAGUCACAGAAUCCACUACAUAUUCUUAUUUGAGAAGUAACAUUUUAAUAUGACAUGUCAAACUUUUUAAAAUAAACAAAAUGUUUUGAUUAGCUGAAUUAAAAUUAUAGUUGUG